AUGUCAGUCACCAAACAUCCGCGACGUCCUCCACCCCUGACCGAGCUGGCCGCCGUGAUUGAACGGCCUCUGCGGUCGAACUUUGCCACGGCCACGGCCAGCGUGGUGCAAUGUCCUGAUCUUCGACAACCACCCUUCCAUCUCGCAGCCUCUGGAUUGUCGGGCAAUCCAUGUGUCGCAGACAUUGGUGGCCAGCAGAAUCUAUUUCCUACACUGAAUCUCAAUGCAAAGUACCUGCUCUCGUCCCUGGCAGGGGACAUGCAAAUAGGGGUCAACAACAACAAUAACAACAACACACCCGAUUUCAACAACACAGACUCGUUGAAAGUGACAAACGGCACACGAGUCAUCCAAAUAAACCCCAAAACCCAAUCCCCAACCUGCGACCCCACCCCCAGCACAAACAGCGCCUUAAUGCUGAAUCUAUACGGGUCAGAUGUUAAACCAGGCCCCGUCCUUAAGAUAACAGCGCGGGCCCGCACCGGAGAGAAAAACUUCACGAAUUGCAUCCUCGAGGGUCUGCAAGAAGUGUACGGCGAGUCUCAGCCCGUCAGUCUCGGCGGCGCGUUCCUGUUGAAGCUAGCAAGGCCAAGUUCCAUGUGA